AAGUAUACAUCUCCAUAGUAGAAUUGCUCAGCCAGCACUCAGUCAAAAAUGCCAAAGAGGGGCAGUAAAUCUACGAAGCUCCAGAAGGGCCUUGUCAACAAACAAGCUGCGCUUCCAGAAGAGCAACUAAAGGAGAGAAAGAAUAUCAGCGAUGCCUUGAGACAAGCGGUCAUUGAUCUCGGAGGAGAUGAGGAGGAUUUGGACUUGAUCGACGGCGUAGAUGACGAUGAUGAGGCUCCUACCCAAAAAAAGGCUGAAAAGUCUACCGAUGACAAGACGUUGAAGAAGGAGUUGGGUGACUUUAUGAAGGGUUUGGACUUUGGCAGUGUAGAGGUCGCCGCGGUGGAGUCUAGCGAAGAGGUCGACGAAGAAAGUGAUGAGGAGGACGAGGAUUCUGGAGGGUCUGGCGAGGAGGAGGGAGCAAGUGAAGAAGACGAGGAAGGCGAAGAAGAAGCUGAGAAGGAUGACGAUGACGAGGAAGAAUCAGAAGGGGAAGUUAUCCUCAAGGCGGGAGUGCCGGCAAAGGAAAAUGCUCCUUCAAACCCCACCAAGGAAACUUCCAAAACUGAUUCUACUGCUUCCAAGGACGUUGACAAAUCCAGUGGCACGAACGUGCCUGCCUCUACUUCAUGGCCCUCCCUCGUUCCCCCUCUUCCUCCAGUUGCUUCUCUCCCCAAGCUUCACCCGCACGAUCUUAACAAUCUUCGUCAAAAAGCUUCCAACCUCCUUGCCAACCUUCCUCCACUUUCUCGGGCAUCCUCCUCCUCCGAUCAGGCAUUUAUCUCUCAAAUUCUUCAGUCUGGUACUCAUCAAGAUAAGCUCUCCGCCCUCGUUUUGAUUGUCCGAGAAAGUCCAGUCCAUGCAAUCAAGGAGCUUGAUAAGCUUAGGGGGAUGGCGGGUUGGAAGGAAGAUGGGGUUGGAGGCGGCGGUAAUAAGGACCAGCGUGUGGCUGUGAUGAAGGCUUUGGCGGACUGGUGGGUUGGUGGUGGUGGUAAAGAACAGGGAAAGCUCAAGUACUUUACCGAUCAGCCUCUUCUGGCCCAUCCUCAAUUGACUGACCGACACCUCCUCAUGUACGCUUUCGAGGACUACCUCAAGAAAUGGUUCUUCAAUAUGUUGCAAGUGUUGGAAGUCCUCUCCCAUGACACUCUUCCUUUCAUCCGAACUCAGGCUUUGCACAUCAUCUUCAGAUUAUUGGCUGGUAACGCUGAGCAGGAGCAAAACUUGUUGCGUUUGGGUGUCAACAAGCUCGGUGACAUCGACCGCCCUGUGGCUUCCAAGGCUUCUCACCACAUUCUUACUCUUCUCCAAGCCCACCCUGCCAUGAAGGCCGUUGUUGCCCGAGAAGUAUCUGCCCUCGUCCUUAGACCUUCUGGCGCCGUCGGUUCCGCCGCUCCUUCUACUCACAUCAAGUUCGACAACGAUAAAGGCAAGAAGGCCGCUCACGCUGGUAAGGCCGAGGCAGUUGGCCACGGCCGAUACUAUGGAUUAAUCACCCUCAACCAAAUGACUUUGACCAGGAAGGACCAGGAUGUCGCUGGAAGACUUGUCGAUCUUUACUUCGAGGUUUUCCGAGAAAUCCUUGGUGACCCAAAUGGACUCGAAGAAGAGGAGGGACAAGCCGAGAACAACGAGGAAGUGGGUGAGGAUAAAGUACAGAAGGUGGCGGGCAAGGUUGAGAAAUGGCGUGGACGACGUAAAGGCGCUAAGCCCAAAGGAGGCCGGAAGUCAGCUUUAGAAGAGGAGGAACUCAUUGAAACCACCAAGGCUAAGCUUGUCGCUGCUAUCCUCACCGGUAUCAACCGUGCCCUUCCUUUCGCCAAACUUGAUGAGACUAUGUUUAGCUCUUACAUGGACACGUUAUUCAAGAUUACACACGCUGGUACCUUCAACACCUCCAUUCAAGCACUUCUGCUCAUCUUCAAGGUUUCGACAACCGAAAGUGAUUUCCGGCAGACCGUCUCCGAUCGAUUCUACCGAGCUUUGUAUGAUUCUCUAUUUGAUAACAGGCUGGUGACCUCUUCAAAGCAGGCCAUGUACUUGAAUUUACUUUUCAGGGCCAUGAAGGCAGACGACAGUAUCCAAAGGACUAUGGCAUUUGUGAAGAGGUUACUCCAAAUGCUGGGGAUGCACCAACCUCCAUUCAUCUGCGGCGCUUUGUAUCUUUUGGGCGAGUUGUUCAGUACUACUCCUGGACUCAAGAGGAUGCUCAUUGAACCUGAGGACGAUGGAGAAGAACACUUUGUGGACGCCGACGCUGAUGAGCAGGAAAAUGGUGGAUCAGCUGAAAAGCCUGCUAGAACGGUGAUUGGCAAGGACUAUGAUGGCAAGAAGCGUGACCCCAGAUAUUCCAACGCCGACAGCAGUUGUCUUUGGGAACUUACGCCCUUCUUAAACCAUUUCCAUCCCUCUGUCUCCCUCCAGGCCAACCAACUCCUCCACUCCCAGAAUCUUACAGGAUCUCCUGACAUCUCCCUCAAUACCCUCAUUUCCUUCCUUGAUCGCUUUGUUUAUCGUAACCCCAAGAAGACCAUCCAGCCCAAGGGUGCCUCCAUCAUGCAGCCGGCUGCCGCUUCCGAUAAGUCUGGGAUGGUUGUUAAAGGCGAAGGCGAAGCCGGUGUGAUGGUCAACAGUGAGGCGUUCUGGCGGAAGAAGAUUGAGGAUGUACCUGUCGAAAUGAUGUUCUUCCACCAAUACUUUGCUGAGAAGUUGAAGAGGAAGGAAAAAAGGGGUAAGGAUAAGGAGAAGAGCACCAAGGGGUCUGACUUUGGGGAAAGCGAGAGUGAAGGUGAAGAGGAAGAAGAUGAGGAGAUGGAGGACAGUAAUGAAGAUAACAGUGGAAGCGAGAAUGAAGAUGAGGAUGCCGAUCCCGAUGUCGCUGAGGAUGAUGAGGACUCCGAUCCCGAAGAAGCCGAGAUUUGGAAGGCUAUGAAAGCAACCAUGCCCCGUGCGAACGAUGACAUGGGUCUUAGUGAGGACGAAGAUGAUGACAUUAGUAUCAGCGGCUCCAGUGACGAUCACGAGGAGAGCGAUGAGGAUGAGGAAGAGGAAGACGAGGCAGAAGGUGCCAGCGGCGGAGACGAGGAGGACGAGGAGUCCGACCAAGAACCUGCUCCUGCUGCUACCAAGAGCAAGAAGCGUGCUGCUCGCUCCCCAUCACCAGCCUCCUCAGCAUCCUCCUUCCCUGACUUCGCCGACGAAGAUGAAGACGUUAUCUCUCUUUCUGACGUUGAUAUGCCCGAUAUCGUCCUUGAUGGCAAAGCCUCAGAUGUCGAAGAUGAAGCCGAAAUUGGAGACAAGAGGAAGAAAAGGGGCGAAGAAAGGAAAGAGAGGAGGAAGAAGAGACGAGAGCUGCCUACAUUUGGUAGCUACGAGGACUACAAGGCUCUCAUUGAGCAAGCGGGGAGCGAAGAGGAUUAGAAAAGGUUGUGUAUUUUUUAGAUCUUGGCCUUCUUGCUGGUUUCUUCAGCUAUACGUGUACAGUGAU